AGGAUCAUCAGUUCGCUUCCGGUCAUCACAAGUGCGGUUGUCAUCAGUGAAAAUGAGAAAAAUUGUGUUAGUGCUGUUUUUUGUGAUAUGUGCUUAUGCACAGGACAGUUUUGAAAAUACUGGUGUUAAAUUAGCGCUGAAAAUAUACGACGACUGUUCGAAAGGCGAUGGAUUAUCACCAUGUUUAAAGAAAAAAGCUAUCACUUUCAUAGACCGACUGGGCCGUAUGGAUAAAUUCUCAUUAGUUGAUGGUGUUACUGUGCAAAAAGCUGCUGAUGCCCCUGCUGAAGCACCAGCCAUGACCGAGCAACAACUGGAUGAAACUCUACCCAGAUCAUCUGAUGCCAAAGAUGAAGCUCUUACCACUAUGCUGUUUGAAAAGGUUGGCAACUUCAUUGGAUCUAGAUCAAUCGAAAUAGCUCUUCCCAAGAUUCAAGCAUCAGACUUGAUUGAAGAAGGUCGCAAAGGAAGCUUUGGUGACAGCGGUGGAAAGAGAAAGGGAGGCAAAGGUGGCAAAGGAGGAAAGAAAGGAAUGAUGGGAAUGAUGAUGAUGGGAAUUGGUGUCAAAUUAGCAGCUAUGAUUCCCUUAGCGAUCGCUGGUCUCUUCCUAUUAGCUAAGAAGGCCCUCAUUAUUUCCAAGAUCGCGCUCCUGAUCUCUGGUAUCAUAGCCGUCAAGAAAUUCCUUGCACAAAAACAGGGAGGAGGUGGCGGCAGUGGAUGGCAAUCAGGAGGCGGUAGCAGUGGCUGGUCAUCCGGUGGUGGACAUGGAGGCGGCGGUGGUGGCUGGCAAUCAAGCGGCGGUGGAUGGGACAAAAGGUCUUAUGAAGCGUCGGAUCUUGCAUACAGCGCUUACAACCCAAAAUAGUGUAAGACGAAGUGAGAAGAACCGUCACUAGGUGAUAGUUUGUGUAUAAAUAUUUGACCCAUUUUUGGGAUGACUAAUUUUAUUGGCAGUUUCUUGUACUGCCAGUGGAGUUUUUGUUACUGCUAAAAUAUUUAUUUAUUACUUGUAUUUAUUUAAUUUAUUUUUGAAUAAUAAUACCUUCAAGAUAUACUUUUACCAAAGAGUAUGUUUUCUGUAAAAAUAAAAAGAUAAAUAUA